GGGCGGGCCGGGCCGGCCCAUAUUAAUCGCGUUUGGACGCGCGGGGGUGGCGUAGUGGUGUCUGCGCGGCCAUGGCCACCUACGUGCAGCUCAAUACCGGGGCCAAGAUGCCCAUUCUGGGGCUGGGCACAUGGAAGUCCGAACCGGGGAAAGUAACAGCUGCGGUGAUGGCUGCUAUCGACGCUGGUUACCGUCACUUGGACUGUGCCUAUGUGUACCAAAAUGAAAACGAAGUUGGGGAAGGGAUCCAGAAAAAAAUCAAAGAAGGUGUUGUGAAACGAGAGGACCUCUUUGUUGUCAGUAAGCUGUGGUGCACGUUUCAUGAGAAGCCUUUGGUGAAGGGAGCCUGCCAGAAGACUCUCACUGCUCUAAAACUGGAUUACCUGGAUCUCUACCUCAUCCACUGGCCUCUUGGUUUUAAGGCAGGAGAGGAGCUGUUCCCCACAGAUGACAAAGGCAUGGCUAUCCCCAGCAACACAGAUAUUCUACAGACAUGGGAGGCAAUGGAAGAACUGGUGGAUGCUGGUCUGGUAAAAGCCAUUGGAAUCUCCAACUUCAACCAUGAGCAGAUUGAAAGAAUCUUGAACAAGCCAGGACUGAAAUACAAGCCUGCAAAUAACCAGGUUGAAUGUCAUCCAUACCUUACCCAGGAGAAGCUGAUUAAGUACUGCCAAUCCAAAGGGAUUGCUGUGACAGCAUACAGUCCCCUUGGCUCUCCUGACAGACCAUGGGCUAAACCAGAGGAUCCUUCCCUUCUGGAUGACCCCAAGAUCAAAGAGAUUGCAGCCAAGCACAACAAAACCCCAGCACAGGUUCUCAUUCGGUUCCACAUCCAGAGAAAUGUGAUUGUGAUUCCCAAGUCUGUCACACCACAGCGCAUUGUGGAGAACUCCAAGGUGUUUGACUUUGAAUUGACUAAAGAGGAGAUGGCAACUAUUCUCAGCUUUAAUAGAAACUGGAGAGUCUGUGCAAUGAUGAUGUGCAAAAAUCACAAGGGCUACCCAUUCAAUGCGGAAUACUGAAGAUGGUUUCCUGCCUUUCUCCGAGUUCUCAGAUAUGCUUCUACUGUUGCCUUUGAGUUGUCUAUGUAGCUUUUUCACUGCAUCAGACACCCUUCCACACCCGUAAUGUUUUCCCUUUUUUUUUUUCCCCUACAAAGAUGCAGUAUAUGUACUCAGUGACUUUGUGCUGUUUUCUUUUUUUUUUGGAAGAAGGAAAUGCUAAAAUGGUUCUGAAGAGCACACUGUGUGGACUAGUAGAUUGUCUUUGCCAAAACGGCAUGUCUGGAAUUGGUAAGCAGAGAAUAUUGAGCAAGCUUGAAAAAGCAAUCACUUUUAUUUUGGAAUUCUGUGAAUUGGAGCUAGUGCCUAUUGUUUUCUGGAAGGACCAGGAUAUUGGCAGAUGUUACAUAAUGAGGUCUGCUUUUUUUCUGAUUACUUUUGGGUUUGGUUUUGUUUCUUUGUAACACUCCAUACUUUUUUCUCUAGUCGGAAGUACAAGUUGAUUUUGAAGUACAGCAGUUUCUACACGGGUAGCUCUUCAAAAAGUGUGUAGGUCCUGGUUUCUUGGUGAUAUAAAUGCUGAUUUUGCUUAUAAUAAAAUAGUUUCAUUACUGUGUGUAA